UUUUUUGGUUUAAUAAUACUAACAAUGAAAUUUGGGCUUAAUCUAUCAAAAAAGAAGACAACGUUUACCCGAUCAGUAUCUACACCAGCAGCUGCAUUCAAUUUGCAUGACGACGAUGACGAUGAAGAUAAGGAUACCCAACAACUCAGUGCAAAAGAACAAGCGAAACGACAACGACAAAAGAUCAAUCAACAACUUACUACCAGUGCAGGAACAACACUCGCCAAUCAAAAAGUAAAGGAAGCUCAAGAGCAAGCAUUAUUAGAAGAUCCAACUAUUUUUGAUUACGAUGCAGUUUAUGAUGAUCUUAAGCAGGCGGAACAAGAACAAAAAGCUCGACAAGCCAAAAAGGACGGUCAUGGUGAUGAUAAUAAAAAAGCGAAAUAUAUCCAAAAUCUAUUGAAUAUGGCUGAAAUUCGGAAACGGGAUCGGUUAUUAGCUGAAGAAAAAAAAGUGGCAAGAGAACGACAAGCGGAAGGUGACCAGUAUGCAGACAAGGAAGUCUUUCUAACUGAAUCAUACAAGAAACAGAAGGCGGAAUUAGAGCGUAUCGAAGCAGAAGAACGAUUGCGUGAAGAAGAAGCGGCCAAGAAAUCAACAUUGACAUCCUUCUACAAACAAGUUUUGGAUAAGAAAGAUGCUGAACAUCGAGCUAUGGUGGAAGCCACUUUAUCAAAAAAACAAGGUCAGGACAAAACAUCAUCAUCAUCAUCAUCAUCAAGGCAAGAAGAUAGAGAAGCAUUAGCACAAAUAGAAGAAGCAAAACGAAAAGGAAUCAAGAUCAACGACAACAACGAGGUGGUGGACAAGCGUGAUUUGUUAGGAGCAGGAUUGAACGUGGCAUCUAAACCGAAAUUUGGUUCAUUUGGCUCGUUGGCAUCUAGUGAUACAAGAAUCAAGGAAAGAAUGGAAGAAUAUGAAGCUUACAAAAGGAAUAAAGUGGCUGAAUAUGAAGCAAGACGGAAAGGGGAUGAUCGUAGCCGAGAACGACUUAGCCGUGAAAUUGAACGACAGAUGGUAGAGACUAAACGAAAGGCGGAUCAAGAAAUGGAAGAUAAACAAGUGGCUUUACAACAAGCAGCGGCAGUUCGACGUACGACAGAGGAUGCGGUCAUGAGUGCUCGUGAUCGUUAUUUGGCGCGGAAGAAACAAAAAACAGCUCAAGGAUCAACAUCAUCGACAAUUGCAAAAUAGUUAUCUAGUAUUAGUGAUAAUUAUUUUUUUUUAGUGAUAGAUUGAAUUUGAAAAUAAAAAAGUGACAUAUUAUUAUUA